GCCUGGCGGCGGACCGGGGUUGGCUCUGCAGUUGCGCAGCUCUUGUCCCGGCCCUUCUACCCCGCCGCACCCCGCCGCCUCCUGACGCCGCGCGUGAUGUCACCACGCCGGUGGCCGCCAUUACAGAGAGCCGAGCUCCAGGACUAGAUCGAGCGGAGGAGGACAGCGGCCGGCGGCCGGAUACUUCAGGGAGAACUCGCGGGUUCGCGCUAGCGCCGAGCAGCCGCCAGUAGCCACACAAGUACCCCGGGAACCGGCGGCGGCGUGUGCGUGUGGCCCGUGUGCGGGCGGCGGCGCGGGAGUAGCGCGGAGCGGCAGCCGGUUCGGGCGGGUGGCAUCAUGGACGAGAAGGUGUUCACCAAGGAGCUGGACCAGUGGAUCGAGCAGCUCAAUGAGUGCAAGCAGCUGUCCGAGUCCCAGGUCAAGAGCCUCUGCGAGAAGGCUAAAGAAAUCCUGACAAAAGAAUCCAACGUGCAAGAGGUUCGAUGUCCAGUCACCGUCUGUGGAGAUGUGCAUGGGCAAUUUCAUGAUCUUAUGGAACUGUUUAGAAUUGGUGGCAAAUCACCAGAUACGAACUACUUGUUUAUGGGAGAUUAUGUUGACAGAGGAUAUUACUCAGUUGAAACUGUUACUCUGCUUGUAGCUCUUAAGGUUCGUUACCGUGAGCGCAUCACCAUUCUUCGAGGAAAUCAUGAGAGCAGACAGAUCACACAAGUAUAUGGUUUCUAUGAUGAGUGUUUAAGGAAAUACGGAAAUGCAAAUGUUUGGAAAUAUUUCACAGAUCUUUUUGACUAUCUUCCUCUUACAGCCUUGGUGGAUGGGCAGAUAUUCUGUCUACAUGGCGGCCUGUCACCAUCCAUAGAUACACUGGAUCACAUCAGAGCACUUGAUCGCCUACAAGAAGUUCCUCAUGAGGGUCCAAUGUGUGACUUGCUGUGGUCAGAUCCAGAUGAUCGUGGUGGUUGGGGUAUAUCUCCUCGAGGAGCUGGUUACACCUUUGGGCAAGACAUUUCUGAAACAUUUAAUCAUGCCAAUGGCCUCACAUUGGUGUCCAGAGCUCACCAGCUGGUGAUGGAGGGGUAUAACUGGUGCCACGACCGGAAUGUAGUAACAAUUUUCAGUGCUCCAAACUAUUGUUAUCGUUGUGGUAAUCAAGCUGCAAUCAUGGAACUUGAUGAUACUCUAAAAUACUCUUUCUUGCAGUUUGACCCAGCACCUCGCAGAGGCGAGCCACAUGUUACUCGUCGUACCCCAGACUACUUCCUGUAAUGAAAUUUUAAACUUGUACAGUAUUGCCAUGAACCAUAUAUUGACCUAAUGGAAAUGGGAAGAGCAACAGUAACUCCAAAGUGUCAGAGAAUAGUUAACAUUCAAAAAACUUGUUUUCACACGGACCAAAAGAUGUGCCAUAUAAAAAUACAGAGCCUCUUGUCAUCAACAGCCGUGACCACUUUAGAAUGAACCAGUUCAUUGCAUGCUGAAGCGACAUUGUUGGUCAAGAAACCAGUUUCUGGCAUAGCGCUAUUUGUAGUUACUUUUGCUUUCUCUGAGAGACUGCAGAUAAUAAGAUGUAAACAUUAACACCUCGUGAAUACAAUUUAACUUCCAUUUAGCUAUAGCUUUACUCAGCAUGACUGUAGAUAAGGAUAGCAGCAAACAAUCAUUGGAGCUUAAUGAACAUUUUUAAAAUAAGUACCAAGGCCUCCCCUCUACUUGUGAGUUUUGAAAUCGUUUUGUUUAUUUUCAGGGAUACCGUUUAAUUUAAUUGUAUGAUUUGUCUGCACUCAGUUUCUUUCCCUUCUCAAAUCUUAGCCUCAUGUCGUUCUUUGUUAUUGUCAGAACCUGGUGAGUUGUUUUGAACAGAACUGUUUUCCCCCCCUCCUAUAAGACGAUGUUACUGCACAAGAGCACUGCAGUGUUUUUCAUAAUAAACUUGUGAACUAAGAACUGA